GCAGUCAAGUCCGUUUUGCGCACGCGCGUGUUUUGUUUACAUCGUGAACUAUUAUAUAUAUUUUACAUGACGUUUUCCGCCUAUUACUUCCGGUUUUCACGAAAUUUGAGAAUGUUGAAAAUUAAGCGCGUCUCUGUUAUCAAUUGUAUGAAAUUUGCAUACUAUACGGUGUCGAUUUCAUAUCUUCUGAUUUCUACACUGUUGGACAGCGAUUUUUUUCUACACCGUUGAAUUGGACAAUAUUACUUGUCGAUAUGGACGAAAGUUUGGACGUUGGGGAUGCAGAGCGAUUACAAAUUGAAGGGAUUGCCCAGGUCGCUAACUUAGAUGAUAAUACAACGUGUUCCUGCGGUGGUAUGUGUUUGCGCGAAAUAGGACGAAAUGCUUGCCCAUGCAAAACGGCGAGACAGUAUUGCAGUUUAGCGUGCCACGAUGGACUAUCGUUUACGUGUAGGAAUCGCCGUCAUUACAUCGAAAGCGAUUCAGAUUCAUCUGAAGAAUACGAGGACAAUGAAAGUGAAUUACAAGACGUGUCCAGUGACUCUGUCCAAACAAGGUCUAGAGGUAGAUCAGCAAAACGUGUGCGAACUAGCGGGGCGAGUGGAAGCGAGGAUGAAGGACAGGCCACCGAAAAUCGAGGCAGAGGUCGAGGUCGUGGGAGAGGUCGAGGAAGAGGUCGUGGUCGAGGAAGAGGUCGGGCAAGAGGUCGCGGAAGAGGUCGGGGUAGAGGUCGAGAAAGUGGUAGGGGAAGAGGUCGAGGGAGAUUAGUCGAGGAAGGCGACUCUCAACAACGCGUUAUGGCUCAUGACCAACAACUGCAGGACUUGGUUGCACAACUUGAUGAGGCAGCAGUAAGGAGAUUGGCAUUGGAACUCCUGAGAAGACAGCCAGCAGCGUUUGCUGACUUGGUUGAUGGAGAGUUGGCAAACCCAGGAGGUGAGCAAGCUCCACCACAGCCUAACCCCCCACCAGCACAAGCUCCACCACAGCCUAACCCCCCACCAGCAGAUAGUCCAGACUGGUGCUUUUGUGGUUGUUGCAUCCCAAUGCCAACACAAGAAGAAAACAAAUGUUGCUGCCGUAGAGUAAUGCCUUGUAUUACAACCAGUCCACUUUUCCUCCAACUGGUUUUGGAUGGCAAUGUACUAGACAUUGCUAUGAGGUACAGAGAGGAUGUACUUGUAGCUGACCAUGCAAGAAAUAACGAAAACUUUCGUCAUGCUGCUUAUAGACAGUACGUUUUAUGGCAAUAUGGACGUCUAGGCAGAGGUAACAGAGUUGUUGUGCCAAGUUGCUGUGUGCUGAAAAUAAGAGCGAGGUAUCCUUCACCAAAUGGAUUGUAUGUAGGAUUCAGGCCAGCUAGACUUUGA